AUGCCCGUCCGCGUUCCUAGACUUCCUGCUGCCAAGCCCUCAGAGAUCUUCUUCAUGGGCGCAGCUGGUGUUGGCGUUUUGACACCUUUGUACCUCGUCAUGCCUGGCGCCGAGGAGCGUCUUUCCAAUCAAACCAACAAGUGGGCUCCACGAUGGGAGAGAAAUGUCAGCUACUUCAUCCCUCCCAUGGAGAAGGGUGUUCAGCGCAUCGAGCCUCCAGUAUCCAAGAUGGUCCAGCGUGUUGAGGAUCGCCUCCCUCUUGAGAGGAUGGCAAAGUCCGUUGAUAAGGGUAUCCGAAGCGGUAUCGCCCGAUUCAAUGGCGAGAACAAACCUUAA